UUUCUUAAACGUUUAACAAAUUGAAAAUUAAUUUUCAAUUUGCACACACACAUUUACUUUAGUAAUACCAAAAUACUGUUUCUUAAAAAUAUUUUUUCAUCGUUAAAUUUAUAUAUCUAACAGUAGGCCUAUGUCAUUUACCAAAGUAAAUAUCGUCGCAAGUGAUACCUUUUUAUGGCAAUGGAUUUCAACUGAACUUCAGAUUCAAAUGACAAUUCUGUAUCCUGUCAUUCAUUUAAAAAUUGAAUUGGAAUGAAUCAGCAAUUCUAUAUAGGCCACUAUAGAACCAGACGAUCGAAGUAGGUGACAUUGCUGUAAAUGGGCGUAGGACAGACAAUAUCACACGUUUCUCUUGACAGGAGGGCAGACGCAUCCGCUUUCCAAACAAAUUUGCCGAAUUUAGUUGACUUGUCCCUGUCGCUGGGGGUUCGUGUUGAGUGAUUUGGUGCUAUACGAUUCAGUAAAGGACACAAAUAAAUAACAACAUAUAGGGUAUUGGUCUUAACUGACAAAUGGAAAUAGCCUACAAAAUAUACGUUAGCACACGGCGGUAGGCCUAAAGCCUGAACGGGCUAAUUAAUGAAGCAGGUAGGGAUCUAUCAAGGAAAUAAACCACACAUACGUAUCUUGUCCACCCCUUCUCCAUAUCCCCCUCCCUUCUGGCUGUACAUCGCUCCGCACACCACUCGCGCGCUCACUCAGUAGGGCAGGAGCUCAUGUCUGUGUGACCGUGUUUGGGAAAAGAUGCCGUUUGCGAAAGGGUGGCUGUUUUGCGUGUUGCUCGCGGUUCUGUUUUCAAACGGUCAUGCAGACCUGGUUACUCUCGUGCAGGAACCUGUCCGCCAGGAGUCCCCCAUGCUGAAGCCAAAAGUAUUGAUCACCAUCCUGGCCCGCAACGCAGCGCACAGUCUACCGUAUUACCUGGGCUGCAUAGACCGACUGGACUACCCUAAGGAUCGGAUUGCUAUCUGGGCAGCGGCGGACCAUAGCAGUGACAACAGCACGGCCAUGCUGCAUGAGUGGCUGAAGCGGGUGCAGGGCCAGUACCACCAUGUGGAGUGGAGACCCAUGGAGGAGCCACAGUCUUAUGCAGAUGAAAGGGGGCCGAAGCACUGGUCAAACUCGCGCUUCACCCAUGUGAUGAGACUGAGGCAGAGAGCCCUGAGAGCAGCCAGGGAGCACUGGGCUGACUACAUCCUGUUCGUAGACAGUGACAACCUUCUGACGAACCCCCGCGUCCUGACGCUGAUGAUGGCUGAGAACCUGACGCUGGUGGCCCCCAUGCUGGAGUCUCGAACCCUGUACUCAAACUUUUGGUGUGGCAUGACCCCUCAGGGUUAUUACAAACGCACCCCAGACUACGUACCCAUCCGGCAGUGGAAACGUUCAGGCUGUUUCCCAGUUCCCAUGGUGCACUCCUCCUUCCUGUUGGACCUGCGGCGCCAUGCGAGCCGCUCCCUGGCCUUCUACCCCCCCCAUCCCGACUACAGUUGGACGUUCGAUGACAUCAUGAUCUUCGCCUUCUCUGCCCGUCAGGCAGACGUGCAGAUGUAUGUGUGCAACCGAGAACAUUAUGGGUACCUUCCAAUGCCCCUGAAGGCUCAUCAGAGCAUGGAGGAGGAAGUCGAGAGCUGUGCUCACACCAUUACAGAGGCUAUGAUUGAAGAUCCAUUGGAGCCCUCACAGUACCUGCACAUUCCUCCAAAACCUCAGGACAAGAUGGGAUUUGACCAGAUCUUCCUGAUUAACCUGAAGCGCAGGGUGGACCGCAGGCAGCGGAUGCUACACUCCCUGGAGGUUUUGGGCAUCGAGGCCACACUGACCGAGGCCGUGGACGGCAAGGCCCUGAACACUUCUCAGCUGCAGGCGCUCGGCAUAGAGAUGUUGCCUGGAUACGAGGACCCGUACUCUGGCCGAGUGUUGACUCGUGGGGAGAUAGGCUGCUUCCUCAGCCAUCAUUACAUCUGGACACAGGUGGUGGAGCGGGGACUGCGGAGGACCCUGGUGCUGGAGGAUGAUGUGAGGUUCGAGCCCAGAUUUAAGAGCAGGCUGAAGACCAUCAUGGAGAACGUGGAGCAGGCCGAGCUGGACUGGGACCUCAUCUACGUGGGUCGUAAGAGACUGCAGGUAAAGCAACCGGAGCAGGCGGUGGAGGGUGUCAGUAAUCUGGUGGUGCCGGACUAUUCCUACUGGACCCUGGGUUACAUGCUGUCCCUGCAGGGGGCCCAGAAGCUUCUGGAGGCCCAGCCCUUCGGCAAGAUGCUGCCUGUGGACGAGUUUCUGCCUGUGAUGUUUAACAAGCACCCCAACGAGGAGUACAUGACGCACUUUGAGCCGCGGGACCUGCGGGCGUUUUCGGUCGAGCCCCUGCUCCUGUUCCCCACGCACUACACGGGCGAGCCGGGCUACGUGAGCGACACGGAGACGUCCACCAUCUGGGACAACGAGGACGUGAGCACGGACUGGGACCGCCAGCACGCGCCCAAGACCCAGAAACAGGGCCAGAUCCGCCCCACGGCCCAGAACAGCGUCACCGGGGACACGCCUCCUCCUGCCACGCGCGUCACUCGAGAUGAACUUUGACCCUACGGACGGAGAGACUCUUACUAACACACACACGGGCAUACGUGCGUUCAAGUGCUUAUGCACAGAUAUACCUUGACACAGGGUAGUGCUCAUUUACAUACUCUCAGAGGCAUACAUGCAAACACUCAUAUAAACAGACACGCACACGCACACAUACACACAAACACGCUCGUACAGACUCAGGCUUUUAUACAUGCAUACAUGUGCAAGAAUCCAGGCAUUAGCUCUUCAGUGAACUCAGUGUUAAAAUCUGCAGCACACAAGCUGGGUGUGAAGAGCAGAGAGGUGCUUUCACUGAGGUACAGAUAGGGGGCGAUGACUGCUCCUCCCUGAGUUUUAUUUAUUUCUCCUGCUAUUGGUUCUUUGAUAUCAUGUUGCCCAGGGCUGAGCUGAUUGGAUUCUUACCCACAACUGGGAGCCAUUGGGAGAUGCUGGACCUCCCACUGUGACACUGGCUGAAUCAGGAAAAGUGAGAAAAGAAACCUGAAACUUAUGUUUUAUUUAUGUGAUUUUGACUGAUGUAAAUGUUCAUCAAUUGCAGACAUGGGUCUGUGCAGCACAGCAAAUAAAAGAAUCUUAUUUCUGUCUGAUAACUUGAA